AACAGCACAUGAACUUGUGGAAAUAACUCACUGGGCAUAUUUGACAAUAAAUCACAAUCUACAAUUCUAAAUAAAUAUCAUUCAGAUUUUAUCAUACAGAUCAAGAUGAAGACACUGGUAUUGCUCCCACUUAGCUUUGCAGUGGCUCUGGCAGUGCCCCCAUUUCCUCCUAGUGUGGCACAAAAUCCUGAUUUGCCUAAAGAAGAUCAGAGCCCUCUGCUGGGAGACUGGGUUCCUUUGCAAGGUCAUGUGGAGGUGGAGGAUCCUGCACCACAGGCCAGACUUGUCUCCAAGGACCAGCAGGAGAAAUUGUCUCCAGUGCCAGUGGAGAUGGAGCAGAGCCAGAGUCAGAGUGUGGUAGAACUACAAGUUAAACUGAAGCCGGAUGUCAAGGUGGAGCAAGACAGUAAAGCAGUACCAGAGGUUAAGGUGGAGCAAGAGGGUAAAGAAAACCCAGAAGUUAAGGUGGAGCAGGAGCUAAAAGCAGAGCCAGAGGUUAAACCAGAGCCACAAGUUAAGGUGAAUCCAGAGCCAGAAGUAAAUCUGAAUCCAGAUGUUAUGGCUGAACUAGAGGUUAACGUGAAGCCAGAAGUUGAGAUGGAGCCAGAGCUCAAAGUAGUACCAGAGGUUAAGGUGGAGCAAGAGGGUAAAGAAAACCCAGAAGUUAAGGUGGAGCAGGAGCUAAAAGCAGAGCCAGAGGUUAAGGUGGAGCAAGAGGGUAAAGAAAACCCAGAAGUUAAGGUGGAGCAGGAGCUAAAAGCAGAGCCAGAGGUUAAACCAGAGCCACAAGUUAAGGUGAAUCCAGAGCCAGAAGUAAAUCUGAAUCCAGAUGUAAUGGCUGAACUAGAGGUUAACGUGAAGCCAGUAGUUGAGAUGGAGCCAGAGCUCAAAGUCGACCUAGACUCUGAGGUGGAAUCAGAGGUUAAGGUGGAGCCAUAUGUUCAAAUGGAGCCAGAACCUGAAGAGAACCCCAUGCGUAAUGAGGUCCAAGAGGAGUUUCAAGUGCAGAUGAACCUUGAGGCAGAGACUGAAAGAAACCAGGAGAUUGAAGAGAGGCAUAUUGACAUGGAGAGAAACUAUGAAUCAGGGGGUGAGCCAAUCAUGGAGUUGGAGCCACUGGAUGACAACCAGAUAUUCAACGAGGAAGGGGGCAAUACGGAUCGGUCAGAAGUGGAAAAUUCCCUGAGGGCAGCAUUUCAGAGCCAAGAUCCUGUCAUUGAACCUCUGCCAGAGGAUGAGGGGUUUAUGAGGAAGAGGAAUGAUGUUUUAGAAGAAGAACCAAUCUUGGAAACGGAUCCAGAGAUGGGGAAUGAGCCAUUUCAAAAUCAAGAGGUCAUACCAGAUGUUGCUAUCAUGGAAGAAGGGCCUGCAUUGGACAUUAUGGGGGAGCGGAUGUCAGAUUUAGAGAACAAUUUCCCAAAUGAGGAGGCUAGGAUGGGGAUGGAGCCUGAAAAAAACCAAGACUUACACAUAGCAGAGGGGUUGGACUCUGUAAUGAUGGGGGAACCAGGGAGAGAGUUUGUCAGUGAGGAGGAGCUCCCUGACAUGCUGCUCUUCAAGGAGCCAGCAAUGGAAAACAGUCCUGCUCUUGAUGGAGGUGCUCAGGUUGGUUGGGUCCCUGAAAGAGAAGAAAGGACUUUGAUGAGACAAGGAGGGUGGAGCGUUUGUCCUGGUGUGCAACUGGAGGGGAAGUGUUACGAGUUCGUCAAAGGACCAAUGAGUGUUGCAGAUGCUGAGUUCUUCUGCCAGGCAAAGUUCCCCGGUGGCCACCUGGCCUCCAUCACAAGCCCACGCAUCCAGAGAGAGGUGAUGAACAUGAUACUGCGGCACAACGGGGCACAUACACGCACCUGGAUUGGAGGGCUCCGGUAUUUGGAGACCAAUCACUUUAUCUGGUUGGAUGGAUCCCACUGGGGCUAUGCUGACUGGCUGUCAGGGGAGCCCAGUAACGCGGCAGAUGUGGAGGACUGUCUGGAACUGCUGCCACAUGGAAAUGGAAAGUUCAAUGACUUCACAUGCCGGGAACCUCAGCCUUUUAUCUGCUCCUACCUUUAUUAAUGAAUGCACAGUGAGCACUCGGCCCAUCUGCUUAUUUGUCUGAUGUGAAGCAGAAUUUGUUGCUUUUUCUCUCAGUUUUAAAAUCACUUCUUGGAAAGCAAAGGGUUUGACAAGAGACAAUGACUUGAAGGACCAUAACACAAUUUAUGGAAUACUCCUGUUAAAUCACGACCUCUAAGCAUGUUGCACAUUAUAUUCAAUGGUAUUUUGUUUUUAAUAACAGGCAAAUACUCUGUAAAUAAAGAAAACAUGAUAUUUUAUUCUUGAGCUUGUGAUUAUUAUUCUUCCGUAUUGUUUAUAUUAAAAAGAAGUAUACUAAGUUGCAUGAGUGCACUCAUGAUUAAAGUAUAGUUACCAAGUGAAUGCAUGGUACUUGGAAUUGUUCAGGUACAUUUUUUCCUAUAAUGAAAAUAUGCAUGACUUAUAUUACAUACUGUAUAUUUAGGAUUUUUU